AUGGAUUCCUUGGUGAAAGCAGCAUCCUCCUCGAAAAUAUCCCUUCCUACUCUAUCUGAUCACGUAUACAAGGAUGAUUGUAUGUUCUCAUUCGACACGCCAUUUGAUGAAGGAGGAAUUGACAUCUGCAUGACAUGUUUUCAGGCAUUAUCAAGAGGAAAGUACAAUUACACAAAGCGGCAUUCAAAAUUGUUUAGACAUGAUUUGUUUCUAAACUACAGAAAAACACCAAAAGCAAUAAAACCGGAUGAGCAACCUCAGAAGAUGCUCAAGCUUGAGAUUAAAGAGAAAACAGAAGAUGAAUUGUUCGAUCUGAAAACUGCAAUUUAUGAUGCAUCAACUAAUUCCUCAUAUGAUUAUCCGAACAAUAAUCUUCCUACAAUGAUACAACUAGUAGCUGAUGGAAUUUUGAAGGCAACAUCAUCCGACAAGCAGCAGCAGAUUAAGGCUUGGAGACAGGAAGUGAAGGUGUGUCCCCAUUCUAAGAAUAUAUCACAAAGCAAGAACAAUGGCUCUUUGACUGCCUGUACCGAUUGUGGACUUGAAGAAAACUUGUGGCUCUGCUUGGAGUGUGGUCAUAUCGGAUGUGGCAGAAAGCAAUUUGGAGGUGUUCCUGGGAAUUCGCAUGCUGUUUCUCAUAAUAAGGAAUUUCCAGACCAUCAUGUCGCUGUCAAACUUGGAUCUCUUUCUUUAAAUUCUGCGGAUUGCUAUUGCUAUACGUGUGAUGAUGAUGUGAAAGUUCCAAACCUCUCUUCUCUUUUGAAGUUUUACGGCAUCGACAUUGCACAUCACGAGAAAACUGAAAAGAACCUCACUGAGCUACAGAUCGAGCAGAAUGUGAAGUGGGAUUUCAAGAUGGAUGGAAGCAAUGGUGAGGUGUUGAACCCUGUGUUUGGCAAUGGGUUAACCGGAUUCAAGAAUCUUGGUAACUCUUGCUAUCUUGCCUCAGUUCUCCAAGUUCUCUUUAGCAUUCCUGAGUUUGCAAAAGCUUAUUACGAUUCAACUGAUGGCGUUCCGGAAUCCCUGCUUUCGCGAUCAUCUGAUCCAGCUGAUGACUUGGAAAUCCAGAUGUACAAACUGGGUGAUGGACUUCUUUCCGGAAGAUAUUCUGUGCCUGACAAGUUUACCACUGAAGUUGUGAAAUACCAACGAGGAAUUCGGCCAUCUGGAUUUAAGCAUCUCGUUGGAAAGGGGGAUCCACAAUUCAGCACAAUGCAACAGCAAGAUGCGUUUGAGUUUUGGAGCUAUCUUGUGGAUCAAUUAGAAAAAGCUCAUGUUAGGGGACUGUUGGAUUAUUCUCCAGUGGAUGUGUUCAAGUUUGUCCUCGAAACGAAGAUAAGAUGUACGAAAUGCGGUGGUGUUAGACUCAAAAAGGAGUUGGAUGAAUCCAUGUGUUUGCCCGUUGAGGAAGUAGACACCAGGAAUAGGAAACUAGGGAAGUCAGAUAAAGUUUUGCUUGAGCAGUGUUUCGAUGAAUGGCGCAAAGGAAGCCAAUUUGAGUACCAAUGUCCAGCAUGCAAAAGCAAGCAGAUGGCAACAUCUACACAGGGUUUCAAAACUUUUCCAAAGUACCUUGUCGUCAAUCCGCAAAGGAUCAAGCUUGUUAAUUGGGUGCCUGUGAAACUAUCUGUAGCAAUUAAGUUUUGUGAGCAUCUGUCGUUGAGUCAGUAUCGUUCGGAUGGAAAAUUGGAUGAUGAAAGAGAGCUUCCAGAUGAUGAUAAAGAUAAAGAUGAGUCGGGUGAGAUUACAUUUAACCCAGACUUUCUGACGGCUUUAAUGGGCAUGGGCUUUACGGAGAACAGAUGCAAAAAAGCCCUUUACAAUACAGCAAAUACAAGUGCUGAAGCUGCCGCAAACUGGUUGUUUGAGCAUAUGGAUGAUCCACAUAUUGAUGAUCCAUUUCACUUAGAAACUUCAACAUCUGCUAAGCGGCCAAGUGUAAGUCAGCAGGAUAUCGAUUCAAUCACUUCGAUGGGCUUUGCAGCACAGUUAGCUAAAAAAGCUCUUAUUUUGAACGAUUCAAACGUUGAGCAGGCCGUUAAUUGGAUAUUCGCUAAUCCAGAUGAUGAUGGUAAGCUUCCAGAGCCUGCACAGCCCGGGAAAACAUCUGAGCAGCAAUUGGAAGAUUUAUUGGCACAGCCUGAUACGGGAGGAAAGUACAGCCUUAUGGGAGUAAUAUGCCAUAAAGGGACUUCAAUCCAUUCGGGCCAUUAUGUUGCAUUCAUUAAAAAACAUGUUGAUGGACAUGCGGCUUGGGUUCUUUUCAACGAUGAAAAAGUUGUUGCUGUUGAUGAAAGUGUGCUGAGUGAAAUUGAGGUUUCCGGCUACAUAUAUUUGUACGAAAAGGUUGCUAGUUGA